GACAAAAGUUUUUGACAAGAUCGAUGAAAAUCCUACAACGUGCGAUAAUUUUCUCAAAAUUCUGAAGAGUUUAAAUCUUUCCAACGCUUGGAAAUGGACGUGAAACUAUUGAAAUCCUUCAAUUUUAACAACUUUUACAGCCUUUUUCGAAGAAUACCUACCGGUGCUGUAAUCCGCACAUCUAGAUCUCAAUCGAAAUCGAGGAGCCAGCGCACCAAGAUGGAUAACGUCGUUGCCCUGUACAAGCAGUUGCGUACCGAAUGGACGAAAACUCCCGUCAACAUGAAGCUGUGCGGUUCGCUGCUGGAUAAGUUGAAGAUUGCUCUGGUGGAACUAUCGUAUUUGCCGACCGGUGAGAGCUCGACAACCCAGCAGGAGCUGGUAAUUGCACGGGACGUUCUCGAGAUCGCCGUCGAGUACAGUGUGGCCACGAAAAAUAUUCCUGCUUUCGAGCGAUAUAUCUCGCAGCUAAAAUGCUACUAUUACGAUUAUAAGAACCAGCUGGGUGAAUCGAAGAACAAAUACCAGCUGCUGGGCAUGAAUCUGCUGUUCCUGCUGUCACAGAAUCGUGUAGCCGAAUUUCACACGGAGCUCGAGCUCCUUCCGGCUGACAUAAUCCAGUCCAACGAAUACAUCCGUCACCCGCUGGCCUUGGAGCAAUACCUGAUGGAGGGCCGUUACAACAAGAUCUUCCAAGCGAAGGGCAACGCCCCGUCCGAGCGGUACAACUUCUUUAUCGACAUCCUGCUGCAAACGGUCCGGAACGAAAUCGGAGCCUGUCUGGAAAGCUCCUACGAGAGGGUUUCGCUCCAGGAAGCGGCCAAGAGGUUGAAUCUUAAAACCAAGGAAGAGGGCAAAGAGUUUGCCGAGAAGAAAGGCUGGAAGCUCGGUUCCGAUGGAUUUUACCACUUUAUCAGCGAGCUGGUCAAGCCGAAAGACCCGAUGCCAUCGCAAGAGCUGGCCGAACAGGCCAUUUUCUACGCCCGCGAGCUCGAGAUGAUCGUUUAAGGCGGAUUUCUUUCCGUUAUUAGGCGCAUAAGGUUCGUAUUGAGUAUCACACUGAUUUUGUAUUGGUUAAAAAGAGGAGAUAACUUAAUAAAUAGAGAAACAAGCGAAA